AUGUCGUGCCCCCACGUCGGGUCCGCAAACCUCUCGAAGCCGUCGCCCACCAACAAUGUCUACCGUGAGGAUUGUACCCAAUGCUUCGAUUCUAUUGACGACCCAGCUGGUCUGGAUGUCUGCUUAAAGUGCUUCAACGGCGGCUGCGCUGGCGACCGGAACCACGCAAAGCUUCACUCUACCUCUCGAAACCACCCUCUCGUCCUCAACAUUCGCCGAACCCGCAAGAUCAUCGAGCGCAAUGAGCCCCCUCUUAAGAUGUCCAAGCUCGCCAUUGCGGCCGAGACCGAAAGCGAUCGCUACGAUACAACACUCGCAGUCAAGUGCUUGGAGUGCGGAAUCGACAACUUGGACAAGGAAGAUGCCACUAUUGCCCCCGUCAUCGACGCCGUCAUGAAGGCCAACACGUUCUCGCGCAAGGAGGAGGUCAAGGCUUGGGAGCAAGAACUUACUUCUUGCGAACACAUCUUGACAAUGCAGCAAGGAGAGCCUCGCAAGAUUGAGUCUCAGGAUCUGGGCCAUUGCUCCAAGUGCGACCUGAACGAGAACCUUUGGUUGUGCUUGGAAUGUGGCAACCUUGGCUGUGGCCGCGCCCAGUUCGGUGGUGUUAGCGGAAACUCUCACGGUUUGGCCCACGCGACUGAGACCAAGCACGGCGUUGCUGUCAAGCUUGGCUCAAUCACCCCCGAGGGAACGGCCGACGUAUACUGCUACAACUGCGACGAGGAGCGCAUCGACGACAACCUGGGCGCCCACUUGGCCAACUGGGGCAUUAUCCUCGCUGAGCGCGAAAAGACGGAAAAGAGCUUGACAGAGAUGCAGAUCGAGCAGAACUUGCGAUGGGAGUUCUCCAUGACGACUGAGGACGGCAAGGAGUUGACGCCUAUCUUUGGUCCCGGCUUGACAGGCCUCAAGAACCUUGGAAACAGCUGUUACCUGGCUAGUAUCCUACAGUGUCUAUAUGACUUGCCCUCUUUCCAACAACGGUAUUACGGCGGCAAGCUUGGCCCUCUACCCAGCGUAUCAGAUCCCGCCGAGGAUCUCGAAACACAGCUUCGCAAGCUCGGUGACGGUCUACUCUCCGGCAGAUACUCCAAGUCCGACUCUGAUGUCUUUGCGUCAGAGCACACUCCCAACAUCCCCCACCAGAAGGGUCUUCAGCCUUCCAUGUUCAAGCACCUCAUGGGUCGUGGCCAUGAAGAGUUCUCAACCAUGCGGCAACAAGACGCCUUUGAGCUUUUGCAGCAUCUGAUCAAGCUCAUUACCAGAUCAAAGCACCCAGCAGAGCUCGGCGAUCCCACCCAGCCCAUGCGCUUCGUCAUGGAGCAACGUCUGCAGUGUCUCAACUGCAAGAAGGUCCGCUACAGUAGCAAUGAGCAAGACAGCGUCUUCAUCGAUGUGCCCAUGGAGAAGCUCCCACCUGAGGAGGAGGGCCAGGAGCCCAAAUACAAGCCCGUCACCCUCAAGCAGUGUCUUGAUAAUCUGACUGCUUCCGAAGUUGUCGAGUUGACCUGCGCGGCCUGCGGAAGUAAGGAUGGUUUUACCAAGCGCCAGGCCUUCAAGACUUUCCCUGAUGUCCUCGUUGUCAAUGCUCGCAAGAUGGCUGUUGUCAACUGGGUCCCCGUCAAGGUUGAUGUUCCCGUCAUUGUUGAUGACGAGCCCUUUAACCUAGACGAGUACCUUUCCAAGGGUCAGCAGCCCGACGAGGAGGCCCUACCGGAGGAUGAGUCGGCCAAGAGCAACGUUCCUGCAUUCGUUCCUCACGCAGAGGGGCUUGCCAUGCUGGAGGCCAUGGGAUUUCCCAGGGUUCGAUGUGAGAAGGCGCUGCACGCCACCGGCAACUCGGAUGCCAACGCUGCCAUGGAGUGGCUGUUUGCUCACAUGGACGACCCCGAUAUUGAUGUACCUUUGGAUCUCAGUGGCAGCAGUGGUGGUGGGGCUUCAGGAGGUGCUGGCGCGGCUGAUCCCGAGAAGUUGGCCAUGCUCGAGUCGAUGGGAUUGUCCGGACCGAGGGCUGUAAAGGCCCUGAAGGAGACUGGUGGUGAUGUGGAAAGAGCCAUUGAGUGGCUAUUCAGCCACCCUGAUGAUGAUGGUGCGGAUGCUGCUGAAGAAGAGGCACCGGCUGCCGAUGCGGGACCGAAGAAGGAGGCGGGCAGCAGUGAGUUGCCGGCCAAGUUCCAGUUGCAGUCGAUUGUGUGCCACAAGGGAACAAGCAUUCACGCUGGACACUACGUUGCCUUCAUUCGCAAGAAGCUCAGCGAGGACGAGACCUCCUGGGUCCUCUUCAACGAUGAGAAGGUGGUCAAGGUGGUGGAUGUUGAGGAGAUGAAGAAGACUGCCUAUGUCUACUUCUUCAAGCGUGUGUAA